AUGCACUCGGCUUCCAGUAUGCUGGGAGCGGUGAAGAUGGAAGGGCACGAGCCGUCCGACUGGAGCAGCUACUAUGCCGAGCCCGAGGGCUACUCCUCGGUGAGCAACAUGAACGCCGGCCUGGGGAUGAACGGCAUGAACACGUACAUGAGCAUGUCGGCGGCCGCCAUGGGCAGCGGCUCGGGCAACAUGAGCGCCGGCUCCAUGAACAUGUCGUCGUACGUGGGCGCGGGCAUGAGCCCGUCCCUGGCCGGCAUGUCCCCCGGGGCGGGCGCCAUGGCCGGCAUGGGCGGCUCGGCCGGGUCGGCCGGCGUGGCUGGCAUGGGGCCGCACCUGAGCCCGAGCCUGAGCCCGCUCGGGGGGCAGGCGGCCGGGGCCAUGGGCGGCCUGGCACCCUACGCGAACAUGAACUCCAUGAGCCCCAUGUACGGGCAGGCGGGCCUGAGCCGCGCGCGCGACCCCAAGACGUACCGGCGCAGCUACACGCACGCCAAGCCGCCCUACUCGUACAUUUCGCUCAUCACCAUGGCCAUUCAGCAGAGCCCCAACAAGAUGCUGACACUCAGCGAGAUCUACCAGUGGAUCAUGGACCUCUUCCCCUUCUACCGGCAGAACCAGCAGCGCUGGCAGAACUCCAUCCGCCACUCGUUGUCCUUCAACGACUGCUUCCUCAAGGUGCCCCGCUCGCCCGACAAGCCCGGCAAGGGCUCCUUCUGGACCCUGCACCCCGACUCGGGCAACAUGUUCGAGAAUGGCUGCUACCUGCGCCGUCAGAAGCGCUUCAAGUGCGAGAAGCAGCUGGCCCUGAAGGAGGCCGCGGCCGCGGGCGGCGGUAAGAAGGCGGCCGCCGGGGCCCAGGCCUCGCAGGGUCAGCUCGGGGAGGCCGCCGGGCCGGUCUCCGAGACUCCGGCGGGCACCGAAUCGCCCCACUCGAGCGCCUCCCCGUGCCAGGAGCACAAGCGAGGAGGCCUCGGGGAGCUGAAGGGGACGCCGGCCGCGGCGUUGAGCCCCGCGGAGCCGGCGCCCUCGCCAGGGCAGCAGCAGCAGGCCGCGGCCCACCUGCUGGGCCCGCCGCAUCACCCGGGCCUGCCGCCAGAGGCCCACCUGAAGCCGGAGCACCACUACGCCUUCAACCACCCCUUCUCCAUCAACAACCUCAUGUCCUCGGAGCAGCAGCACCACCACAGCCAUCACCACCACCAGCCCCACAAAAUGGACCUCAAGGCCUACGAACAGGUGAUGCACUACCCCGGCUACGGGUCCCCCAUGCCGGGAAGCCUGGCCAUGGGCCCGGUCACGAACAAAGCGGGCCUGGACGCCUCGACCCUGGCCCCAGACACCUCCUACUACCAGGGAGUGUACUCCAGGCCCAUUAUGAACUCCUCUUAA